AUUUUUAACUGUGAAGACCUUAAAAAAAUCCUUUGUUUGAUAAAAACAGAAAAAACUUAAUAAAAUUAAAAAAACAAAAACUUGAAAACACAUUAUAAGCGAAUAUUUUUCGUGGUUCUUUCUAAUAAGCGAAUACUUUAAGUGGUUUUCUUUCUUUGGAAAAAAUCUAUUGUCAAAUUCUAAAUAUGUGUGAUCCUUCAUGCGCUCCCUGCGGACCAUGCGGACCCUGCAGUCCAUGUGAUCCUUGUUGUGCUCCUUUUGAGUGCUCCCCCAAAUGUUAUAGCGGUGCCCAAUUGGAUGCCAUACCACAAUGUGCUCCCCGCAUUCCACCACCAGUGCCCAGAUGCAUAACCGUACAACAGCCACCACGUUUGAUAUGCAAAAAACGUGUAGUCUUCACCGAGAAAGUUGUGCCCGAACCCAUGGUGGUCAAUCGUUGCCGCCAGAUAACCAUACCCAAAGUUGUGGACACGACACGUGUCAUAAAAGUUCCCAAAUUGACAUGGGUCUCGCAGAUGGUGCGAGAGCCUAGAGUAAUCUAUUAUCCCUCCAUGAUACCAGAUCCCUAUGUGGUUUGCUAUCCCAAGAAGAUAUGUGAACCCCGGGAGGUAUGUCAAUCGAUAUUGUGUCAACCUAAGCCGCAAACUUUGGAUGUACCACCGGCAAGAGAGUAUUGUUGUUAUCCCACAGGACCCAUUAACUAUAAGUCGAGUGCAGCUUGUCCACCUUGUCCCAUGGGACCAUGUUCGCCUAGUGGGCCAUGUGGUCCUUUGCCGUGCUUUUCAACAAAUCAAUACCCAUUGUGUCAGCCAUGUGGACCAUGUGGACCCUGUGGGCCAUGUGGACCUUGCCCUAUACCUCCGAAUUGCGGCCCUUGCGGUAUGACCAUGCCAUCUGGACCUUAUGUUCCUGCUCCUUGUGGACCCUGUGGCCCUUGUGGGCCAGUUGGUAUGCCUGGACCCUGUGGUCCAUUAGGUCCUUGCCGGCCUUGUUUCCCCGGCUGUCCUUUCGAAGCUCCCGAGUGCGGACCCUGCUAUUCCUGCACUCCCACACCAUGGAAUACACAAUGUGGACCAUGUGGACCCAAUGGACCUCAAGUUCCAUGUGAACCCUGCGGACCUUAUAUGUCACCUUUGAAUCCGUGUGGGCCAUCUUGAGUGAUGCCUUAUAUUGAACUUUCCAUCGUGGAAAUAUAAAUGAAGCUUGGUCCAGAUAGUUUGAAACAUCUUUCACCUGAUAUAGCUGAACUUGUAAGUGUCAUAUCCAACAUUAAUGUAUUUUAAAUAUGUGUGAGUCUUGAAAUAUAGUCAAUGUUUGCCUUGUGACUACGCGUGGACUCACUAGAUGAGCAAUAGGCCAAGAGGAUGUGAAUUAUUUUUUUAAUCAAUAAUAAAACAAAUCUUUUACAUUAAUUUAAUACAUUAAUAUUUUGAAUAUAAAUAUAUAUACACAAAUUAUCUGUAUAAAAUAUAUAUAAGUGACACAAAAAUAA